CCACAGGCGCUGGGUCCGCGGAAUGUCCCGGGGAAAAUCCCUCCGAGGCCGCGGGCUCUGCACCCGCUGCCACCUCGGCACCUGUCCCGCGGUGGUGCCCGCGCCGUGACCCGGGUGCGGGGGGGACAGGCCGGGUGUCCCCGCACAGCCCCGCGUGGGAGGGAACCCCGCUGGGUUUGGGGUUCGGCUUCCGGCAGCGAGGGACAAAAAAAUGGGAAUUUGGAAUGCCCCAGGGAGCUGAGUGGGACAGGGCUGUUGUAGUGAGGGAGUCAGGCACGGGGCUGGCUGUGGGACUGUGGGCACAGAGCCACCGGUUUUUGGGAUGAGAUAGUGGAUUUUAGGUGGAAUAGGCACAAAGGAGACAGGAAUGGCCAAACACUCAUCCCAAGCGUUUGGGGUUGGUAUUCUCCCUUCUGCAGGAAAUGUGGUGGGCUGCUACAUUCCUGGUGGGAUCCCUCAGGAAGAACUUACUUAUCCCAGAAUCACUGAAACUAGAAAUACCCUUUUCUGGAAGAGCAAAAAGGUUCCUUAGGAAAAUGUGCCAGUCAGGAGAAGGAAAACCAAGCCCUUUGUGUGCUCUCCCCACUUCUGGGGGUUUGAGUGACGGCAGGAUUUGGACAGAGCCAAAGAACCUUCUGCUUCCCUUUAUCUGUAUUAUUGGGAGCAAUUCCGAGCCAGCCCAGUCCAAGGAGAGCUGGGAGCAGCCAGCUUGGAGCCAGAGGGUGAUAAGCUGCUUUGGGAUGAUGGAUGAGAUCCAUCAGUGGUCCGGCUGCCUCCCAGAUUUCAGUAUCUCCUCAAGAAAUUCAAUAUUAAAAUGUUACGUAUAGCUCUGCUCUCAUUUCCCUCUUUUUUCCUUACUAUCUUUUUUUCCCCAGGAAAGAGCCACGUAAGAGUCAGACUCAGAGCUGGGCAGGCUGCCAGAACCCUGGCUAGUUUUCCUUUAAUUUCUGGAAAGGUCUGGAUUUCAUAUCCAUAUUAUUCCCUGCAUAAGCUCAGGCCACACGUGCCCAGCAGAGGUCCAAAGGGGUCAUGGAUUAUGGGAAUUCUGUCAAAAUCCAACCCAACUGGGUGAAAUGUGCCCUUGGUUCAUUGGGUAACAGGUUUGCACUGGACAGGAGAGCAAUGAACAAACAUUCCAGCUGUUCCAGGACUUGGGGAAGAGGCUCUGCUGAGGAUGGGAAUGAUCAAAACAAGCUGAUGUUUAACCCCUGUGUUCCCAGAUAAUAACUCAGCAGCCAGUGGAAAAACAGAUUUUUCCCAAAAAAAAUGUUGGUAAUGCUGAAUAUUCUGCUUCAGGGGAACGUUUGGUUGGACUGUGGUCUAGGACAGGGAAUGUUCUGCAGGGCCCACGGCUCCCCACGUGCCUGGCUCCUGCUCCAUCAUCUCCCAGUCCUCAUCUCCCUGCUGUUAUUUCCUGGUUCUUUAUCUCCCUGGUAUUAAUUUCCGUUGUCCUCGUCUCCCUUAUCCAUCAUCUCCCUGUCCAUCAUCUCCUUGUUCAUUGCCUCCCUGCUCAUCAUCUUCUGUCCUCCAUCUCCCUGCCCUCCGCAUCCCUGCAGCUCAUCUCCUGGUCCAUCUUUUCCCUGCUCAUCAUCUCCUGUCCCCCGUUCCCUCCUGCUGCACCACCUUCCAGCCCUUCACCUCCUGCUCAUCCCUUGUUGGGACGGCAGCGCCCAGAUCCCGAAGGACCCAUCGGAGCCCCCCGGGUGCCCCCCGACCCCUUUGGGAGCCUUUUCCCCCGCGCUGCCCGGGGGCGGAGGUGCGGGGCGGGACCGGGGGCGGCCCCGGGCACGGUGCCCCCGGAGCGGCGGCGGGAGCGGCGGAGCGGAGAUGCCCUACCUGCUCAUUAGCACCCAAAUCCGUCUGGAGGCUGGGCCCACCAUGGUGGGCGACGAGCACUCGGAUCCCCACCUGAUGAGUAUCCUGGGGGCCACAAAGAGGAGCACGCUGGGGAACAAUUUCUGUGAGUACUACGUGAACGACGCUCCACGCGUGGUCCUGGACAAGCUGGAGAGCCUCGGCUACCGCGUGGUCAGCAUGACUGGUGUGGGCCAGACCCUGGUCUGGUGCCUCCACAGGGAAUAGCCAGGGAGAAUCCUGCAUUCCACCCAGACAACAUCCUGCUGGAGAUCAUCUUAUACGACUGGCAGCAAAUCUUUUACCCCUAAAUUCCUUCCCGUCCCAGACUCCAGGCACUCGGGCAGGGGGAGGAACGGCACAGAGGCAGAGCUGGACCCAGUGGAAUUUUGCCAUCCCUGUUUCAUUUCCCAAGAGCAGGGGGAGGAAGGUAUGCCCAGAAUCAGGCAGAGGGAACAGAUGGCUCCAGCUCUGCCUUCAGCAGGAUGGCAGUCUGGCAAAUUCCAGCUUUUUACAUUUUAAUCAUGUAUUCAGCAUGCCCCGGAGGAAGCUCAGUAACAGCCCUGUUUGCCUCCUCCUCGGGCUGCCCCAGAGAGCUCUGUGCCUUCUCCUGGGUCAGGGGUUAGGGAGGAACACCAAGCAUGGACACCAUCCCAUCUCAUCCCUGAAAACCUAAGGGGGAACCACUAAACCUACUCCCAGUGCCCUGAGAAUCCCUUCCCUUUGGCAGCAAGGCCCGUUUCCAUCUAAGCAGCACCACCAAACUUCCAGAUCCCAGACUGCCAUCCAAGCCCAACAUGGGAUUCCCAAAAUAACACAGAAAGGUUGUGUGACUAUUCCAGGUGCUAAUCCAAACACUGCUGGAACAUCUGGAAUUGUGCAUGGAUCCUGCUGUGGGGGUAGCACCAAUAAAACAUCGCUCAAUGUC